AUGCCAGAUUUUACCGGUUUUGUAUUCAUCGACCCAAAAGAGGGAAAGGAAGAAAAAGAAAAAGAACUAAUAGCGAAAGAAGAAGAACAACAACGUGUCAACGACCUCACUAAUCAGUUCACCUUUAUGCAAACUGACGAUGAUCGCAAUUUGAUAACUCAACGUUUAGCUGAUUACAAAGCACGUCUAUCGCCCUUAUCAAAUAAAGAUAGUUUACAAGAAAAACGACGGCAAGAAGCUCUCGACUUUCAAAAAAGGCAACGGCAUAUGAGUAUGUUUAAAGCUAGACAAAUUGCAUCCCUAAAGCUAUCCUCAGACGAAGAAGACGAAGAAGGCGAAGAUGGCGAAGAAGACGACGAGGAGAGUGCAAAAGAGAGUGAAGAACCACUAGGAUCAAACCAAUACGGUGUUUCUGCUAUGAAAAGACAAAGAGAUAUUUCCGACGACGAAGAAAUGGAAGAAGUAUCAAAAAUUGUCAAAUACGAAACCAUGAAAAGGAAAUCGAAAAAGAAUAGCAAAAAGCGCAACUCUAACCUUGCCAACCAGAUUAUGCUUGCUGAAACUAUUGAGACCUUACCAGAGGAUUUUUUGGAAAACUGGAUCAUGGUCAUUUGUCCCAAGGGAAAGCGAUGUUUAGUCACAUCUGGUGGUGGAGUUACUAUAGCACGUUCAAGGGCAGGAUUUGUUAUUAAAAAAUUUCAAUCUUUGCUACCCAACGGAUCAAGUCAUGCUCAGCAGCUCCCUAUAUUUUUUAAACGAACGUACAGAAGUAACCGUCGCACAUCAGAUUUUUGUAUCUUGGACUGUGUUUACGAUAAAGUGCAUUGGACAUUUUACGUCUUGGAUAUAAUGGCUUGGAAUGGCCAUCCUGCUUAUGACUGCGAUACCUCCUUUCGUCACUUUUGGCUACAGAACAAAAUUCAACCCAACGAACUAUCGAAACCUAACGGUGAAAAUCAGUUUUACAAAUUCAAACCCAUUAUCCCUAUACCCACUACUGAACUAUCCUGCGUUAUAGGUGAUCCUGCAGCAUAUUUAAAGUCAAUCCAAGGCAUGAGCUAUGAUAUUGAUGGAUUGUUGUUUUAUCAUCGUCAGGCAUUGUAUCAGGGGGGAUUAACACCCUUAGUUAACUGGUUGCCAUUGAAUGAUAUCCAAUCCUUCUUUGCAUCUCAAGACCAGCAAUUGCAGGAGCAGAAUUUACAAGUACAACAGAUGGAGCUCUAA